UGGAGAGAACUGGAGGGACGGACGGAAAUUGUUUUUCAGUAUGAAUGAGGCGCCAGAGAAGAUCUGAAACUGCCAGCAACGAUUCGUUGUGAUUUAGAAGGGCAUAAUUGUGUUUCGGAGGAAGGUAAGGCUGGGAUAACCGGUUGAGAUAUAUCCAGUCCUCUGCUCCGUCCUCCAUCCUAGGAUAGACCACAGAUCUAGACGAAAAGAAGGAAGGAGACCCUCGGAAAAGAGAAACAGGACGCAGGAUAUUGGAUAGACCGAGUGAGGAGACGUCACUUCGAAACAAAGUUACGAAAACGUGAUUUGGAAAUGGUCUGGUCAAGAACUUAAAUGCCAAUUGAUGAGCAACGACAGCGAGGCUGGCGAAGGCGCAAAAGGAAAGGAGUCUCUCCGGAGGAGCUGGUGACGAACGAGCGUCGGAGAUGUCUCUUUGGAUGAUAGUACCUGUCAGCCUACCAGCCUUGACCAUUACUGGAAUAUGGGUCGUGUAUGCAAUGGCCCUCUACAACCAACACGUGUGCCCAGUGGAGAACUGGAUGUAUAACCAAUCGUGUGAGGAGGAGUUGCCCUUCCAGAGAGGCCCAACUCUCUGCUGCACCCUGGACAAUGUUCCCCUCAUCAGCAAAUGUGGAACUCUUCCGCCUGAGAGCUGCUUCUUCAGUCUCAUCUGCAGUACCGGCUCUUUCAUGGUGAUGGUGAUUGUACUUCUGCGCUAUGCUCACGUGAUUGAGAAGCAUCAGAACUGUGUGCUGAACACGGCCAGUCUCUCCACUGGCUGGAUCUGUGCAGCUGGACUCAUCAUUGUUGGCAACUUCCAGGUGGACAACGCUAAGGUCCUGCACUACGUGGGCGCGGGAGUGGCCUUCCCCACCAGCAUGCUGUUCGUGUGCCUGCAGUCGGCCCUCACCUACCGACUGGCCAAGACGCAGGCCGAGUACGCCGUGGGACACCUGCGCCUGGCCAUGAGCCUGAUGGCCUUAAUCGCACUCGUGCUCAGUGGCGUGUUCUUCGUUCAAGAGAGCUUUGUGCUCCAGCACGCCUCGGCCAUCUUUGAGUGGGUCUUCUGUGUCAUCAUCAUGCUCUUCUACGGCACGUUCGCCUUUGAGUUCGGUGGCAUGUCCAGCACCACUAUGAUGGUCCUGGCGCGGGGCGGGGCACUAGGGCCUGGGGGACGCGAGCACAAGAUGGAGCCGCUGGGCGGCCACACCAACGCCCACCAACCAGAGAGCUUGUCCGUGCUGUAGCCGCAGAGACCGAGGCCACCGGGCUGGCCCCCCUCGACCAAUCACAGUGAGGCUAGGAGAGGCGUCAUUUCCUCGGGGAAGAGAAGGAGGACCAGAGUGGCAGCAGCGGUGGCCGCAGAACACUGGCCAUACCUCUCACUGCCCACCUCAUCCCUGAGUCAUGUCGGAAUCUCUUGCCAAAGAACUCUCCAGAACUUUGCACAUGACUGAGAGACCAAAGACUCCGAUUCCUUUCGCUUUUCGUUUGUUUGUUGUCUGCCCUCUGUCCCUGUGGAGGUGUGGAGACCCAGGCGCAGGACAGCCCCAAGCUCCAGGGGCUGGACAUCACCGUCAGAGGCGUCAGACCUGUCAAAUGUCUGCAGGCUGCUGGAAGGCUCUGCAGUUGGAAGGGAAAUUCAUACAUUAUGCACACAUGUACACACACACACACACACACACACACACACACACACACACACAAAGCCAAAACCAACCAAAGGCCUCUGUAGUCUGCUUCUCUUUUCAACAUAUGCACCCACACACACACAACACACACACACACACACACAUAUUAUAUACAAUGUACUAUUGUGGAGAUACAUACACACACUAACACACAUACACACAUGCUUGAAAAUAGAAAACCAACUUCACGAGCCCCUCUUGUGCAAACACUGUCAGUCUGACGCCUCCAACCCACAGUGCCAUUACCUGAGAAAGACUUUUACUUCUUUUAGUUUGCCUUUUAUACUCCAUGAGACCCUGCUCUGUCCGACGGACCCCUGCGGCCCGUGGUCAGCGUCCUUAACAUACACUUUGGAUGCUCCUCUGAUCACCUCUCCAAACGAGAGGAUAUUGUACUGCCAUUGUGCCUUAGCAUUCCGGACCAAAACCACUGCUCACUCACCUGGGAGGACAUUGAGGGGGACAGCUAUACGUGUUGACUUGACUGUCGUUUUGCUUUAGUGACACUAAAGCGUUUUAUAUUUGCUACAGCUGCGUACAAGCUGAAAGAGAUGAGUAUGUCUAGUCCACAUCACGCAAGGCAAGAUCAGGCGGACUGCAGAUGAACAGAAGCCGAGCUCGUUAAACCACCUCACGGGCGAUCAUGAUCAGUUUGGUUGUUUAAAGGUAGGAGGCGCCCUCAGCGAGACUGUGCCCACUGCCCUCUGUGUUCGAAACUAGCGUCCAUCCCCCCCCACACACACACACACGUUUCUCACACUGACCCUCCUGUUUGCCUCUUCCUCUUCAGCAGAGACAACGCUGAGCGUGAGGUAGAGAAUUCAAAGGGAGGACUGAGAGAGAAUCUGUGUGCCAUAAAUACAGCUGCCCUCUCUUCAGGGUGCAGAGUGCCCAUCCAUACGUCUGUGCAAAUGAGUAUCAGUGCCUUGUAGCACCAGGCUGAGGCCAUUAAGUAUCUCCUGAGAUGUUGUCCCCAGUCCAUGAUCUGUCUGUUGUGUGUCCUCUGCAGCUAUAACAAAAAAGCAAUAUCAGUUCCCUUUGCCAACAGAACCAUGCUGUUCAAACUUUGCCAUUUGGAGUGAGUGUUAAGAUGGUUUUGUCCCCCAAUCACUACGCCUCUGAGUGAGUGUGAGUGUUUAAUCCUACCAACUAGAGUUCCAGAAAAUAGAGGCAGUGGAUGUUUUUUUUAAUAUAUACAGAAAAAAAGGGGAGUGUUCGCCCCCUUGUGGCCAGUUUUAUUUAUGCAAGGACCUUCAACUGUUGCGUGUUCACAGAGUUAUUUGAUUAAAAAGAAAAAGAAAAAACAGUGCAGCAGGCUGCACCUUUUCCCUCAACCCUUACCCACCCAGUCCCUGCCCCUUAGGUGAGACAAAUCAGGAUGUGACAUAUCCCUCUUGCAGUAUUGCCAUGAUAUCUCUUUUAUAAAGUGACCUCUUCAAAUGCGACCUCUUUCUAUAACCUCACAGAAGAUAGAAAAGAGAAGAAGGAAUAUGUCAUUCUGACCCCCAUGGCUCCAGCGCAGACAAAAGACGAUCAAUUCUGGCCGCAGUGAAUCGACGGGACCUUUGUGUCCCUGUGACAAUGUCUCCCCAGUGGGCACCAUUAGCCAUCAGACUCGGCGACUAACUCGCUCGCGGGGCCCGGAUCUGCGUUGGCUCUGUGUUAGAAUCAUGCGGCAGCGAGGAGAGCCCUGCCAUACACAUCUGUCUGUCUGUCUGCCUCUACUCUCUGUAUCUCGUCUCAGUGUCGUUACUCACGUUUGUUUAUCCAAUGCUGGCCAGUUACUAUUUCUAUUCUCAGGAAAUGACAUCACCAGCUUUCCAUUAAUCCGUUGAAAGACUUCAUAUACGACAUUUCAAAAUAAUAUAUAUAAUAUAUAUAUAUAUAUAUUUUUUGUAUUGUAAUGGAAUAUAGGUGUGAUUGACUGGUGGAAAUUGGAUGCCUAUUGAACAGCUUCUGUGUGGUGGCCUUUUGGUGCUGUAAAAACAGUGAGAGAUAUUGGGUUGAAUGGAUAUUUGGAAUGUAGCUCUUGAUACGUGCCAGUUAUUAAUCCAACAGGGCUUCUGUAAAAUUAAGGAUGCUGGUGUUUGUUCACCAAAGAGAUCCUGUCGUAUUCUCUCUGUCUCGUAGUUCAGAAAUAUCUCUUCUUGUUUUUUUCUGUGGUGUCUGUUUUUUGUUUGUUCGGAUAGUAAGUAUUAUUGUCUGUGUUUACCGGCUGACUGACCAGUGUUGUUGCCUAAGUCCCUAGCUGCUCUUCGCAUUCCUUUGCAGAAAGCAAUUGAUUGACACUGUAUUUUCUAAUCAGUGACAGCGUCCACUCAUAACAUCUCCAAUGACCUUUGGUCGUGCGAUGCCACUGUGUGCAGUUGGACUGUCAAAGCAAAGGCAUUUCACACAGUAAAAACUCAAUCCAGUUCAACCGAGUUCACCUCCCAGAAAUCACUAACUCCACCCUCUCUCUCUCUCUCUCUCUCCAUUCCAUCUUGGUUAAAUGGUUUCAAAUAUAAUUGUACCUUGUAUCUGACGUUUGGAUUAUGAUCACGGAGGGUCGAAAGUCUAUCAGCGGAACACUCUGUCCCCCCGACCUGCACCAGCCUAAGUCAACAUAUGGUAAUGGAUGACCAUCAAGUGCCUUUAGUUGUUGUUAUUGUCAAACCAAAGAGAGACCCAGGAGUACAGAGCUAGGAGUCUGGUUUUCAGUUUACUGUUUGUAUAUUUGCCUUAAUUUUGUUCAGAUAAUAAAAUUGUUGCUCGCAUUCGCA